GGCUUCAACCGCGGCAGCGAGUUAGAGCAGUCACUCAGAGAAGGAAAAUCCUAAUUUUGAAAAAGAGGCGACUGGAAUGUGCACGACGGCAAAAUCAGUCGUCUGAUGAGUUGAGUGCAACGGAAGUGUUGGAAGAUGAGACGGCGAAUGAGCCGGCAGAUUUACCCUCACAUAAAAAGAAAAGAAACCAACGGCCGCUGAAGAUUAACAAACGUUCACAGACAAAGAAGAAAGCAUCGAACAACAAACAGUCAAACAUUGAUGGCAUUAUGAAUGGCCACGAUGCUGAAGACAAGCAUGUAGCUGAGGACGAGCAUGUGUUUGAAGAUGCUGCGAUUAGUGCCAGUGAGGAAGAGAAUGAUGAUUUGGAGACAGCAGAAACAGAGACGCAUGAUAAGAUGCUGGCGGCUAUUAGUUUGUUGGAUAAAAAGAAGUCUUCUAAGCAAUCAAGGCGAACAGAAGCAGCUGGAGAAGUUUCUGAACUGAACCUGAGACCUUCAGACGGUAAAACGAUUGAACUUGGUGAUCUCCUUAGCAGUCUUGAGAGGACAGCUGAGCAUGGAGAACUGAAGAAAAAGCUGUUGAGAAUGCAAAAGACAAAGGAUCCUUUAGAUGUGCCACUUCCUAAGCCACAAGCUGACAGAGCGCAACGUACUGCUGCAUACAGAGAAACAGCCACGGACAUUAGCAAAUGGCAGCCAAUAGUCAAGAAGAACAGAGAGGCUGAGCAUCUCUUCUUUCCUUUGAAACAACACUCUUUCACACCGGCACGACCAUCUACAUCUACACUUCAGUUAAAGCCUGUCUCUGCUUUGGAGCGAGACAUAAUGGCACUUAUGAGCGGUCCUGGGGCACUGCAUAACAUCAGUGACAACAAACGGGCUCUCAGUGAAUCAGAAGAGAAAGCUCUGAAAGCAAUGGAUCUAGAAAAAGCUCUUGAAAGAAGGCACGAGUUGCAGAAGGCGAGAGCUCUGCAGUCAUUUUAUGAGCAAAAGGCAAGGAGACAGAACAAAAUUAAGAGCAAGAAGUAUCGCCGUUUGAAGAAGAAAGCAAAAGAACGAAAUGCCGAGAAGCUGAUUGCUGAAGGCAUGAGCAACGUCGAUCCAGAAGAAGCACAGUCAGAGUUAGAAAAGGCAGAAGCUUUACGAGCCAAGGAACGAAUGACUCUACGACAUCAUAACAAGUCUAAAUGGGCAACAAAAGUGUUGCAGCGAGCACACAAAGAUCCCGUUGUUAGGCAAGCCCUGACAGAACAGAAGCAACUUGGCAGGCAACUGAAGCAGAAGAUCAAAGUGCCAACGGAUGAUGGCGAUGAUGACAAUUCAACAUCUAGUGAAGAUGCUUAUUUUGAGUCUGAUGAGGGUGAAACACAGCCUGUUGUUCUAAAUUCAGAAAGCCAAACCAAUCCAUGGUUGGCAGGGGAGUCCUUGGCAACAGUUAAAGAAGGCAAGAAAAGAAAAAGAAAACAAAGGGAAACAGAAACCUUGGAGAAUUUUAAAGCAAAGAAAAUUCCAGCAUAUCACGCAGAUGAUGGUCAACUAGUUCUAUUGAAUGAUGGAGAGGAGGGAAAUACAAAGGAAAACGAUUCUGAAGAUGAAACAGAAGAAAUGAAUGCAAAUGUGGACAAAGAAUCAAACUCUGAAGAAGAAUCAAUAUCAGACGAACAUGAAAGCAAUCAAGAUGCCCAUGAUGUGAAAUUUGGUGGUGACAUGGAUGAUCGUUUAGAAGAGGAAUCUACUAGCAGUUUGCAGCAAGAAACUUUGUCUCAUAACAAUCUACCAACUAAAGUUGUGCCGUUUGCCAAUCUUGAUCCAUCCAACGUUAUAUCUGUUAUUGAAGAAGUUGAUGAGGAUGAUAAACGUGACAACGCUGGUGGUUUGCAUAGACAGCAGAGUCACAUUGCAGAGGCAUUUGCCAAUGAUGAUGUCAUAGCUGAAUUUAUCAAGGACAAGGAGCAAGAAGUGGAAGAAGAUACACCCAAGGAUGUUGAUCUGACAUUACCAGGAUGGGGAUCCUGGGCAGGUCAUGGAACCAUACUGCAGCAGAAGCCACAGAAACAAAUAAUAAAGAAAGCACCACCGACAGAGCCACGAGAAGAUAGAGCGCUACCUCAUGUUAUCAUCAGACAGAAGAGAGACAAGAAAUUUGGAAAACAUCAGAUUUCACACUUGCCCUUUCCCUUCACGUCAAGAGAGCAAUUUGAGAAAGUUUUAUGUGCUCCAAUCGGCCGCCAUUGGAAUACUGAAGUCACAUUCCAAAGCACAAUCAAACCACAAGUCAAAACGCAGAUGGGGGCUAUCAUUCAACCAAUUGAAAUGACAGACGAGAUAAAGAAAAUGGCAAAGACGUCAGGAAUACAACGAGCAAGCAAUAGACGAGAGCAACAGAGACAUAAUAGAACAGAAGCAACAGCAGCAACAUGAUCUAUCAAUAAAGUGUUUUGCAGAUAUAAAAUAAAAUUUGU